AAGCAGUUGUUUCGUAUGAAGCGCGUUUCAAAAGAUUGGAAGCAGAUUAUUUCAAGCCGUUCAUUCAUGAAAGCUCAAUUAAAAAACGCAAAUCUCGUGUUAAACGGCUUCAUUGUUCAAGACAGGUAUAUGUUGUGCAAACACGAUAUCAAAACGGUUAGUUACAUUCCAGUGGAAACAAGAAACGGUGGUAAAGUAGUGCACCAAACUGUUUUCACUUUUCUUCCUGAACAAGUUGUUGUUUUGGCGUCGAGCAAAGGGAUUAUAUGUUGCCGUAGCUGUUUGCCUUCUCCAAAUCCAACCAGAUUAUAUCUCUGCAAUCCUUGUAAUAGAGAUUGGAUUCAAUUGGAUUGGCCUCCUCAAUGUGACAUUACAGAUAGCAUAGCACUUGCUUUUGAUUUUGAAUGUGAAUUUGAGCUAUCCAAAUUCAAAUUCAAAUUGGUUAGAGUGAAACGCAAUGAGGAGGAUGAAUCGUUCUCUUUCACAUUUGAUUUGUACUCACUAGCGACAAAAGAUUGGAGGAAAUCAACUGAGAUAUGCUACUGCAACAGCGAUUUGAUUAAAAACAAAGGCAUAUACAUUGGAGUUCCAUCUGUUGAGUUUAGAUCGGUUCCUGAAGCUUGCAUAGGAGAAAAUGAAGGAAAACUUAACUAUGUUCAGGUAUCAGAAGAAGGACUUCAUGUAUGGUGUCUUGAAGAUUAUUAUGAGUCUAAAUGGAAUCUCAAACAUGGUAAACGUUUGGAGGAUUUUGAAGCAGAAUAUCCACGCUUCUUUUUGAAUUUGAAGAAUCGAGUUUCUGAGCGGAGGAGUGUUGAUUCAAGUCCUUGGAUGAAUCCUCUUGGUUUCAAAGAUGGGAUUUUACUAAUCAAGGUUUGCAUACAAUUGUACAUCUAUGACAUCAAUAUUCACAACAUUACUGAAGCUUGUUCAUUUCUACAACUCAACCCACAAUCGAUGUCUCAUCCUACGGUGUUUCCACAUUCCUUAAGCUUGCUUCCCUUAAAUGAUAAUAUUGCUGAUGCUAAUUAGUUUUUAAUUAACUCCCUUUUUUUUCCUAUCUAGUUAGUUUUUAUAAUCAGAUUAAUAUAGAGCUUAGUAAAUGUUUUCAUAGUGUAUUUAGCAUAUCUUGUGCAUAAAAAUAUAAGUUGGAUGAGCAAUCACCGGUUUUUAAUUCUAUUGGGCCUUUGACAAACUAUUGUACUAACAAGCUUACAAGCAAAUGAUUAAAGUUCAUUUCAAAAUUUAUUGGUUAAA